UGUAGUUGCUGGUGCAUAAUAGCUAAUCCAUGCAGGCAUUUAACAUUUUAAGGACGACUCACGUUAAUUUUUAACAAAGUUUAAGAGGUUUUUUAUGCUGAUGGCUGACAACCAACUUGUCAAGGGAGCCAGUGUGUGGAUUCCUGAUCCAGAUGCCGUGUGGGUGUCGGCUCAGCUUCUCCAGGACUACACGUGUGACGACAAACAUGUAUUGUUGCAACUUAAUGGAGGGGAGGAGGCACGAUAUCCAGUGGCGGCACCCUCCGACCUCCCCCCGUUGGCUAACCCUGACAUCUCUGAGGGCGAGAGUGACCUGACUGCACUCAGCUUCCUUCAUGAGCCCGCCAUUUUGCACAACCUGCGUGUUCGCUUUCUGGACUACAACAGUAUCUACACAUACUGUGGUAUCGUCUUGGUGGCCAUCAAUCCCUAUGAUCAGCUGCCCAUUUACGGCGAGGAAGUGAUUGACGCUUACAGCGGUCAGGACAUGGCCGACAUGGAGCCUCACAUCUUCUCUGUGGCUGAGGAUGCCUAUCGCACCAUGAUGAGGGAGGAGAAAAACCAGUCCAUCAUCAUCAGUGGCGAGUCUGGCUCGGGGAAGACAGUCUCGGCCAAAUUCACCAUGAGAUACUUCGCCGUGGUGGGGGGAGCUGCUCAGCAGACCAGCGUGGAGGACAAGGUGCUGGCCUCCAACCCCAUCAUGGAGGCCAUCGGGAAUGCCAAAACAACAAGGAACGACAACAGUAGUCGCUUUGGGAAGUACAUCCAGAUUGGCUUCAGCAGGAAAGGAGCCAUCAUAGGGGCCAACAUGAGCACGUACCUGCUGGAGAAAUCCAGGGUGGUCUUUCAGGCACCAGCCGAGAGAAACUACCACAUCUUCUACCAGCUGUGUGCCUCCAGACAGUUGCCUGAAAUGAGAUCACUCAAACUGGCCACUCCUGAGCAUUUCCGCUACACCAACCAGGGAGGAGAUGUAAACAUACCGUGUACUGAUGAUGUGAUGGAGAUGGAGCGCACUCGCAAUGCUUUCACCAUUCUGGGGGUGCUGCCAGAGCAGCAGAUGGAGCUCUUCAGAAUCUUGGCUGCUGUUCUUCACUUGGGGAACGUCAACAUUCAAGCCAGCGGACGAAGUUCAGAGCGCAGCUACAUUGAUGCAGAAGACAUCUCCCUGGCAAUCUUCUCUAAGCUACUGGGGGUGGAGGCAGCUGUCAUGGCCCAUUGGUUGUGUCACCGCAGGCUGAUCCUGGGAGGAGAAAUGGUGGUCAAGCCCAUUUCAGGCCAGCAGGCCAUCGAAGCCCGAGAUGCUCUGGCCAAGCACAUCUACGAGCAGAUGUUCAAGUGGACCGUGCACAGGCUCAACGCUGCCGUACGCAGUCAUUCGGGUCGGGCCCGGUCCUUCAUAGGGGUGCUAGACAUCUACGGGUGUGUCCCUGAGCUGCAGGAGUGUUAUCUUUCAUUGCUUCGACUCACAUCUUCUUCUUUGUGCAGCUUUGAGACGUUUGAGCGUAAUAGUUUUGAACAGUUCUGCAUCAACUACGCCAAUGAAAAACUGCAGCAGCAGUUCAACCGGCAUGUGUUCCACCUGGAACAGGAGGAAUACGAACAUGAGGAACUGACCUGGAGCAGGAUCGAGUUUAGUGACAACCAAGAGUGUAUUCUUCUCAUCGAGGGACAGCUUGGCCUGUUGGACCUGUUGGAUGAGGAGUGUAAGAUGCCCAAAGGUUCAGACGACAGCUGGGUUCAGAAGCUGUACGACAAGCACCUGACAGGAAGAGGUCACCCUCACUUCCGUAAACCUCGCAUGUCCAACAGCGCCUUCAUCAUCCUUCACUUUGCAGACAUGGUCCAGUAUGAAGGUGGCGGUUUCCUGGACAAGAAUCGAGACACCAUCUUUGAGGAGCUUGUCAAUGUUUUGAAAGCAAGUCAGUCGGAGCUAGUGGCUGAGUUGUUCCAGCAGCAGGAAAACAAACCCAGUGUGGCCAAUGGAAGUGUCCACUCAGGAAGAAGAGCUCACAGGGAGCACAAGUUAACCGUGGGCUUUCAGUUUCGUCAGUCCUUGCAGCUGCUGAUGGAUAUGCUGAACAGCACCACUCCUCACUAUGUGCGCUGUAUUAAACCCAAUGACCUCAAGGAGCCCUUUAUGUUUGACCCAAAGAGGACGGUCCAGCAGCUGAGGGCCUGCGGAGUCCUUGAGACCAUCCGGAUCAGUGCUGCGGGUUUUCCAUCCAGAUGGACGUACGAGGAGUUCUUCUUCAGGUACCGUGUUCUGCUGCGACAGUCCCAAUGCUCUGGAGAAGUCCAACUCGCAUGCCGCCAGGCUCUGCCUCAACUCAUCCCUGACCCGGACCAGUUCGUCUUCGGAAAGACCAAAGUUUUUUUCCGGGCAGGGCAGGUGGCACUUCUGGAGAGGUUGAGAGCGGAAAGGCUUCGAAUGGCCGCUGUGGUCCUUCAGAGUUGGGUCAGAGGAUGGCUGGCCCGAAUUCACUACACCAGGACCCUCUGGGCGACCAUCACCAUACAAAGAUACUGCAGAGGAGCUUUGGCCAGGCGGCUGGCCUUGACCCUGCGUUACACCAAGGCUGCUCUGGUCAUCCAGAAAACCUACCGCACGCUGGUGGCCAGAAACAUGUUCCACCUGGUCCGUCAGGCCACCAUAACCAUCCAGGCCUUCAUCCGAGGCACACUGACCCGCCGCAAACACAGACUGCUGGUGGCAGAACGAGCUGCCUCCCUGCUCCAGGCGAGAGUGCGAGGGUGGUUAGCGAGGAGGGCCUUCACAAGGUUUCGUGCUGCUGUGGUCUUCGCACAGUGCUGUGUACGUCGUCGUGCGGCCAAAAGGGAGCUGAUGAAGCUCAAGACUGAAGCCCGCUCAGUGGAGAGGUACCGAGAGCUCACCAAGGGCAUGGAGGUCAAACUGAUGCAGCUGCAGAUGAAAGCAGACCAGGUGGCGAGAGAGAAUGCCUCCCUAAGAGAAAGCCUGCGUACUGAGCGAGAGGCAACCGCUAAUGAACUCUGUGCUCUGAGAGCAACAAUACAGAAACUUGAAGAACAUCAGAAGCACUUCACUGCUCGUCCUGUGUCUAUCAUGAGUGAGGAGGAGGAGCAGGAAAGGAGUCGAGCAGAGGAGAAGGCUGUUCAGGAGCUCCUCCAGUUAACACAACAGGUGGAAGCGCUGCAGAGAGAGAAGGCCUCACUGAGCACUGAAAGAGACCAUUUGUCUGCAUGUCUUCUACAGCAGGAACAAGCACAAGAAGCUCUUGUGCAGCAAGCGGUGUCUCAUGCCACGGCAGCCGUGAGGGUGGAGCUGGACGAAGAGAGGAGGAAGCACCAAGGACUCUUGAGAGAGUUCACCAGGCUGGAGCAGCGAUAUGACAACCUGAGGGAGAUGAGUCAACUCACACAGGGCAUUAAGGGCCACAGAAGGACAGACUCCACUCAGAGCUUAGACCCUCUCUCACCAUCACCUCAGUCUCUCACCCCACUGACCCUCUCCCCCUUCACAUCCGCCUUCCCGUCUCCUGAGGAGGUCCGCAGGGUCAGUGUGACGUCUCCCAUCCCAGAAACAAGAGUGUGGAGUCUGGAAACAUCAAUGGACCAGCUGAUGGACAUGAUGGACGUGACCAAAGAGGCUGCAGUGAAGCUGAACCAAGAGGACCUGGCACAUGCCUACGACGCCGUACGAGUGGCCAACAAGAUUCUGGAGAGUCAGUUGCAAAGUCAGCGCAGCCAGUGGGAGCAGGAAGUGGCUAUGCUUAAGUGUCAGCUGAGUCAAACCUCUUCUGGAUUGUCUGCCCAUCAACAGGCGCUACUGGAGGCCCGUGAGCAGGAGUGUGUGAGGCCGAGGAAGGAGCUGAAGGAACUUAGGAACACCGUUCCAAUCCGACGCUUCCUGACACAAGUAUUCCCAUCAACAUUUCUCGCUGAGAGCUCAUCUUCAUCCAAUCAACAGAAAGCAACCUCAACAACUGGUCUGCUUGAAUGCAAGAAAAGAGAUGAGAACAAACUCAUAAAGAAUCUCAUCACAGACAUCCGCACAGACAUUGCAGUGUCUCUGUCUCCCGGGCUGCCUGCCAGCGUGGUGUUUCUGUGUGUUCGCCAGGCGGACUGCAGAGGGGAUCAAACCAGCGCCUACUCCCUUUGUCGCGCUGCCGUCACCGCCAUGAAGACGGCACUGAAGAAACAUACCAAUGAUGUAUCCAUGACUGCCAUGUGGCUGAAAAACAUCUGUCUGUUUCAUGACCUGCUGAGCCAGCAUGACCCAAAACAGACAAAUGAUCCAGAAGAGGUACAGCCACUCCACUUUGACUUGAGUGACUCCAUCCGCACCCUGAGUGACCUCCGUAUCCAGGCCUAUCAGCAGCUCAUCGCCAUCACAGAGACGCGACUGCAAAACUUCCUAGCCACUGCCUUGUUGGAAGGCGAAGACGUCCCGGGCUUGACGCCGGUGGGCUCCCGGAAGCGAGCGGGCUCGGCGCCAAGGACCGCAAAGGCUGACACUCCCACAGUGGCCUCGGUGCUGAGGGAGCUGGGGGUCCUCCACGCCGCCAUGUCCCAUCAGGCUUUGCACCCGGCGUUGAUGCAGCAAGCCUUCCACCAGCUCACUUACUUCAUCUCUGCCUCUGCUCUCAACAGCCUGCUGCUCAGGAAGGACGUGUGCUGCUGCAGUCGUGGCAUACUCAUACGCCUCAAUGUGAGUCAGCUGGAGGAGUGGUUGCGUAGCCGUGGUUUACAGACAGAGGGCGCUGCAGCCUCCAUGGAGCCCCUCAUCCAGGCUGUUCAGCUGCUGCAGGUCGGGAAAAGGACUGAGAAGGAUGCAGCCGCCCUUCUGCAGACAUGCACUGCCCUCAGCAGCCAGCAGAUUGUGAGGAUCCUCAGCAACUACACGCCUCACGGUGACUUCGAUGAAAAAGUCUCUCUCAAUUUCAUCCGCACGGUCCAGGGGCUCCUCAAAGGCGGUGAACACACGCAAUACCGGCAGCUUCUCCUGGAUAUAAAGUGGGAGUUUCCCGUCACGUUCCCCGAUGCCACUCCUCCUGUCGUACGUGCAGACAUGUUGGUCAUCCCGGAUUCCCUCAAGAUCUCCUUCCUACGCAGAGUAUAAACGCCGUCCUGCAAAUGAAGUGGAAAGUACAACAAGGAAAACCCCCACAAUUUUCCCAUAUUUUAUUGGAAGCAGAAACACGAGACUGCAGUCCCAGUAAACCUCAACGCCCAAAACCAUAAUAUUAAAAAAAAACAAACAUUAGAAACAUCUCCUGUAUAAAAAAAGUCCCAUGCGACUACUUUGUACCACUAGACAUUAUCAUCAUCAUCAUCAUCAGUAAUACAUAUUUAUAUAUUCACAAACAUUUGAAAAAUAAAUCUCAAAAUAAAGGAGACAACAUCAAAUAAUAAAUAUAUGCGCGUGCUGGCACGAUGCUUCUUUUUUUUUUUUUUUCUUACAACGUUCCUAUCAUGCACCACUUGUGGAAGUACAGGACAGUGCACGUGAGCCACCGUGCAGAACAUGCACGUCUGUCCUCUUGUAUGGAUGUGUGCUUUUUCUUUGUGCUUCCGUCCCAGAGACGUCUGCGUGCCCACCCUGAAACAUGGCGGCGUCAUCGUCAACAGCAGUAAAUAGAGAUAUUUCGUGGCAUUAGCAGCUAUGUGACAACGUCCACAUGUCCUCCACACCAGACUGGCACUGAAUUGGACUGAUUCCUUCACAGCCACACAACCUGUGUAUGUUACCACUGCAUCAGUGAGAAGCAGUACGAGGACCACACUGAUGAUAGUAAAUAACCUGAAAUAUUACAAGAAAAAAAUAUUCAUUUUACCAGUUUACAAGUUGUCAUGUUAGAAGAGGAAAUGUGUAAUCUUCACAAAAUGAAGUAUCUUUAAGAAAUAAAACUGAUAUGAGUCAAUUUGUCUUAUGACAUCAUUACUCUUCAAAAAC